UCGGCUCGGCUCGGCUCGGCUCGGCUCGCGCCGCGGGGCAGCGGGGCCAUGCGGUGCCGCGCGGGGGUCUCUGCCGCCCUCGGCGCCGCCCUCACCCUCCUCCUCCUCCUCCUCCGCUGCGACCCCGUCGCCGCGGCCGCGCUGCGCGGCAGCCCGAAGGGCGGCAACGAGAGACCCAUCAUCGGUAUUUUGUCACAGGAAUGCCACUUUAAGAAGUUCCACCAGUUUGGAAGUUCGUAUAUUGCUGCUUCGUAUGUUAAGUUUUUAGAAUCUGCUGGUGCCCGGGUUGUGCCAAUAAGAUUAAAUCUUGCAGAUGAAGAGUAUGAUAAACUAUUCCACUCUAUUAAUGGGGUACUUUUUCCAGGAGGUGGUGUGGAUCUUAGAACUUCAAAAUAUGCCAAGGUUGCUAAGAUCUUCUACCAGAAGGCAUUAGAGGCUAAUGAUAAAGGAGAUUAUUUUCCAGUAUGGGGAACAUGUCUUGGACACGAAGAGCUGACGUAUCUCACAAGUGGCGAAAUUUUGCUUGUUAAUACCAACACAGAUGGUUUUUCAUUCCCUCUGAACUUUACUUCAGCUGCAAAAAACAGUAGGUUAUUCAAGAAUUUCCCUGAUGAUAUAUUGCAUGCGUUUGCUACUGAGCCAUUGACAUCAAACUUUCAUAUGUGGAGCAUCUCCAUGCAGAAUUUCACAAAGAAUGAGAAGCUACGUAAUUUCUAUAAAGUUCUAACCACUAAUACAGCUGACAAACUGGAGUUUAUAUCUACCAUGGAAGCAUACAAAUACCCCAUUUAUGGUGUCCAGUGGCAUCCAGAGAAAAAUGCCUAUGAGUGGAAGAACUCAUCAGGCAUUCCACAUUCCCCAUUGGCUAUAAGAGCAGCAUAUUAUAUGGCUGACUUCCUCAUUAAUGAAGCCCGGAAGAACCUGCACAGCUUUCCCACUAAAGAUGAGGAAACAAAAGAGUUGAUUUAUAAUUACACUCCGACUUACACAGGACCAUUUUCUUCAUUUCAACAAGUCUACUUUUUUGAUUGAAUGUCUGUUCAAAGGUGCAGCAUUGCUAUUUGUAAAAGGAAUUAUUUGCCAGGGUUUCAUAAUUAAGCUGAUAUAGUACAGUGCAGCUUACAAUGAUUUGUCUUAUGUUUCUUUUGCACUAUUGGAUCAUUAAUCUAAAAAUUUACAUUCAGAAAGAUAAUAAUUGUCCUGAAUCAGACUUAGAUACAAGCUACAUUUUUUUUUUCUCCAGGGAAGCCAUUUUGAUUAUGCUUCUAUAUACUUUCCAAUAUAAAUUGGAAAAUAAUCAGGUUUAGUAAAAGGAAAAACAUUCUGUUUGUGUGUUUCAAAAUACAAGGUUUAUCUCUGUAAAGUGUUGUGGACUAUGAUAGCACUAGUGGUUUAGAUGUACUACUUAGUACUAUUCUGUUCUCUUAAAAUGAUUUAAUGUAAGAGACUUCUACUCUGGGCUUCCUGUAAGUUUGUAUGUAACCAAGUCUUGACUAAUUUGUCAUUUGAAAAAAACAAUAAAAUGGCAAGGAAGUAUUAUGGCAAACAGACAUAAAAAGGACAUGUUAUAUCCCAUUUGUGAAAUUUUCUACUUAUAUUCAACUUAUUCCAUAAGUUUUGGAGAGCUUAUAUCCUGUGAGGUCUAUGUGAGCAUAAGAAUGCAGUGUAAAUUACAUAUUGCGAAUACCAGAUAAAAUAAAUUUAGGAAGGCAUAAUUAAGUGCUAAUUCCACUUUCUACUCUUCUGAAAUCAAUUUCCUGAAUCCUCCAACAAUCUGUUUGAGAGUAGCUGAAGUCAGCAAACAGAUGUGAGAUGAAGACCUCUAUUUAUUUGUAUUAAAAGAAUGUCAACCUAACUUUUAACUGUGCCAGAAUUUGUACUCUAACUUGUCCUGUAGUUACUGGUUAGAAUUCUCACUUUGGUUGAGUCAUGACAGUUUGCCAUUGACUUAGGGGAGCCAAUGGUUUCCUUUUCAUCAUACAUUUUAAUGCAGCUGGAGUUCAAACAGCGGAUGAAUGUAUCUGAAAAAUCUGUUAAUGUUGACAUAAUGUGAUGAUAGCAAUUAUAUUCAGUACACGGUAGUGCCUUUUUUUGUUGUUUUUUUUUGUUGUUUUUUUUUUUUGUUUUUGCUCUGCUACAUGGUUAGUGACAGUUUUGUUCAGUGGCUUUGUGUGGAGUCCAAAAGGGAACUAAGAUGAGACAAUCGAAUAUAACUUUCCUAUAUUGCACAGCUUCCAAACUGUUAACAUCAGUGGAAAUUUGGAGUUUACAAAGAAUUCAGUUUGUACCUCAGCUGUCUGUUUGGCAGUACCUUGCACUCUGAAGUACCACAUCUGAAUAAAGCUGGUACAUUUCUCAGGUCAUUUAAGUAAAGGAUUCUGCUACUUACUCUGCAUAACCAAACAACUGCAAAUACAAUGAGAAUGUGAAAUGCAUUAAUUAAAAUAGUGUAAGUAUCAAAUAGCAUAGGGAAAAAUAGCUGUGACUACUGAAAAGAUACUACUGGGUAAUGACAGACUUUGACAUUCGAUAUUACAAAUUUCUGUGUUUGCCUGAUCAGCCAAAUUCAGUAAAUGGAACUCUUGUUUUUCAUAUAAGUGACUUUAUUGUAUUCACUGUGUUAGCUGGUUCCUGACUAGAAUCAGUGUAAAAAGAGGAUCAUGGUCUCCAGUUGCAUGUAGAUGUAGCAGCUAAGAUACGUAUGAACCACGGCCAGUCUUCCAUUUGUUACUUGGGUUAAGUUCAUCAGAAUAUCUCUGAAGAGUUUGCCUGAGUAAGGAGUGCAGAAAUUAACCUGAAUGUCCACUAACUGCAGUACUAGUAAUCGGUUCACAAGUGUGUAACUAUGAGGUGUGUAAUGUGAUGAGUGGGCAGUGCUUAUCAGCGCUAGUACAUUUAUCAUGAGUUUGUAUGCAUCUGUCCUUGGUACCCUUUGUUAUAAAGCCUUAUUUGAUGGGAUCGGUGAUUUUCUGUGAUACUUGAAAUAAAGUUUAUUCAAACGUA